AUGUCGACCGUCGCGCAGAAACGUCUCUUUCACGAGUACAAAAACCUCUCGACCAACCCUCCCGAGGGGAUCACUGCAGGUCCAGUCAGCGAGGAUGAUAUGUUCCAUUGGGAAGCCCUGAUUCAGGGUCCUGAGGGCACACCCUAUGAAGGGGGUGUGUUUGCUGCAGAGCUCAAGUUCCCAAAGGACUAUCCGCUUAGCCCACCAACAAUGAAGUUUGUUGGUGGCGGGGUGUGGCAUCCUAAUGUUUACCCGAACGGAACCGUUUGCAUAUCUAUCCUUCAUCCUCCUGGCGAUGAUCCAAACCACUACGAGCAUGCGUCAGAGCGGUGGUCACCGAUUCAGAGCGUGGAGAAGAUCCUGAUAUCUGUCAUGAGCAUGCUUGCAGAGCCCAAUGAUGAAAGCCCUGCCAAUGUGGAGGCGGCGAAAAUGUGGAGGGAGCGGAGAAGCGAGUAUGAACGCAAGGUUCGCGAUGAGGUCAGAAAGGGUCUAGGAUUGUGA